CAGGCAAUCCCUGCUCCGCCAGAGGAGACCGUCCAAUUGCCAAGCAACCUACUGCUGGCCAAUCACUGAGCUCGGAGGUGAUGUCAUGGCGAGAGCUGAGCAGUGGUGCUGAUGUGGAGAGAAGCCCAGGGUACCACUAAUUGAGGGAGUGAAGAAGGCAGCAGCUCGCUUCUAACUGGACUGCAGAUCUGGGACAGUGUCCUGAGCUGGCAGCAGACCUACCCGACUUUCACUAGAACUCAGCUUUCACAUUCCAGAAAACAUGACCCUCGCUGCCUACAAAGAGAAGAUGAAGGAGCUCCCCCUGGUGUCCCUGUUCUGCUCCUGUUUCCUGGCCGAUCCCCUGAAUAAGUCAUCCUAUAAAUAUGAAGCGGACACGGUGGACCUGAACUGGUGUGUAAUUUCCGACAUGGAAGUCAUUGAGCUGAAUAAAUGCACCUCAGGCCAGUCCUUUGAAGUCAUCCUGAAGCCGCCCUCCUUUGAUGGGGUGCCCGAGUUCAAUGCCUCCCUACCCAGACGGCGAGACCCAUCACUGGAAGAAAUCCAGAAGAAACUGGAAGCAGCUGAGGAGCGAAGGAAGUACCAGGAAGCUGAGCUCCUGAAGCACCUGGCAGAGAAACGAGAACAUGAAAGGGAGGUGAUCCAAAAAGCCAUUGAGGAGAACAACAACUUCAUCAAGAUGGCUAAGGAAAAACUGGCCCAGAAGAUGGAAUCCAAUAAGGAGAACCGGGAGGCCCACCUCGCUGCCAUGUUGGAACGGCUGCAAGAGAAGGACAAGCACGCAGAGGAGGUGCGGAAAAACAAGGAGCUGAAGGAAGAGGCCUCCAGGUAAAGCCCAGAGGCACAGAGGUUUCCAGAAUGCCGGACCGCUCCAGCAGCUCCGCAGUUCCUGAGGCAGCCUCGCCCACCGCUGGCUGCUCUCCCAGCACUGGGGUUUGGGGGGAGGGGGGUGGCCAGGGGGCGUUUCCUCUGCUUUUGGUGUUUGUACAUGUAAAGAAUUGACCAGUGAAGCCAUCCUAUUUGUUUCAGGGGAACAAUGAUGGGGUGGGAGAGGGGAGAGGAGAGAGGUUGGGAAAGGGAGAUGGAAGAGGACUCAUGGACAUUGCAACCCAGCCUGGGUCACGUCCUCGGGCUUUUCUUCACAGUGAGCAUCCGGGCACCGCCUUGAGGGAAGUUAAAAACAGGCAGUAGAACUCCGAGGGUAAGGCAGAGUCCUGGGUGGAGCGAGAACUGCAGGGCGUGGCCUGAGACGCCAGCAGGGAGUGGGGCCCUCCACCUGAGGCAGUGGGAUGAGGUCUGAGUGUGUGUGUGUGUUAACCAUUAUCUUUUGAUCAUCAUGACCAAUAAUGAAACAUUUACUCCAA